UUGACACAUAAUUGACAUGGCGGAAUCCCACACUGGCUUGGACCGUGGUAGACGCUGCAGUCUGGGAAUGGCUACAUUGUGAUUCUAGAUUGGGAAAAGUGGAUAAACACCUUGAUCGUCAAAAAUUUUGUAAUUCAAAGAAAGGUGGUCCUGGAGAGGUCUCCAUGAAUGUACGUCACAAUGAUGAUGACGGACCAGAUGCUGGACCUUCCGCCGCCACUGCUGAACGGCGAGGUUUCUGUGAUGCACCCCAUGAUGAACGGGGACACGUCGCAGCAGGUGAUCGUGGUCCAGGUGAACCCAGGCGAGACGUUCACCAUCCGGGCAGAGGAUGGAAGUCUGCAGUGCAUACAAGGGCCAGCUGAAGUUCCCAUGAUGUCACCCAAUGGCUCCAUCCCACCAAUCCACGUGCCCCCAGGCUACAUCUCCCAGGUCCUGGAGGACAACACCGGGGUGCGACGUGUGGUGGUGACCCCCCACUCGGAGUGCUACCCCCCGAGCUACUCCCCGGCGCUCUCCCCCACCCACCACAUGCCCCCUCCCUACAUGGCCCACCCCCACUUCAUCCCCGCCUCCCACACGGCCUACUACCCCCCAGCCAGCCCGGGGGACGUGCCCCCCCACCAGUACUACCAGCACCGGCUGCCCCGCCUCUACACGGACGACAUCAUCCACAACAUCCACUACAACAUGACCUCCUACAUCAGCCGAGGGGAGGAGGCCUACUGCAAGCCGCUGCCCAAGAAGCCGAAGGGCCCGUCGGAGCGUCCCGGCGGCCUCAACCGGGUCAACAGCCCGCCCUCCGCCUACAAGAGCGGCUCGGGCUGCGGCGCCACGGCCAACGGCUACCCCAAGAGCCACAGCGGAGCGGGCAGCACUGGCAGCAGUGGAGGAGGAGGAGGAGGAGGAGGAAGCCCGGGGAACAAGCGUCCAGAGCGCAGGUCCAGGGGGAGUCCCAAGAGCACCGACACGGAGCAGCAGCAGCAGCAGCAGCAACAACAACAGCAGCAGCAACAGCAGCAGGAUCAUAAUCUAGAGGCCCGAAGAGUCCAAGAUAUGCUCUCAGGAAUGGACAAACCACAGGUGUCUAAGGUGCAGUCUCGCUCAGCGUUGGUGUCCUGGGCCCCGGUGACAGUUGCUAGUGGGCAGGGCGACACUGCUUCCUGUAGCUACGAGCUCAUGCUGACCGAUAAGGGCAUCGACGGGAAGUACCGCGUGGUCUACAGUGGGGAAGAGCUCGAGUACAACCUCACAGACCUGCGGCCGGCCACAGACUACCACGUCCGUGUCGGCACGGUGUGUGACGCUGUGAGGGGUCCGCGCUCCGAAGCGGGGACGUUCACCACCCACUGCGGCCCGCCGGACACCCCCCUCCCGCCCAGACUCUCCCAUCGCUCCAGGAGUUCACUCACCCUCCAGUGGAAGCCUCCAGUAGACAACGGGUCAAGGAUCACAAGCUACAUAUUAGAAUGGGAUGAGGGUAAAAAGAACGGCACGUUCCGAGAGUGUUACUACGGCAACCAGAGGCACUUUAAAGUUACACGGCUCUGCCCAGCCACAGGCUACACGUUUCGGGUGGCAGCACUGAAUGACAUUGGGACCAGCGGCUACAGCCCAGAGGUGGCCUUCCAGACGACGGGCAGCCAGCCCCAGCUGCCCCCCGCCCCGCAGCUCCAGAGGGCCGGCAGUGGCUGGCUCACGCUGGAGUGGGUGCGCCCUGGAGGCUGUGGCCCUGACGAGCCGGUCACCUACGUCCUGGAGCUCCAGGAAGACAGCCAGGGACCAGAGUUUCACGCCAGGUACAAUGGUACAGAUGUCAGUUGCAGAGUGGACGGCCUCAAGCGCAGCACUCAAUACAGUUUCAGGCUCACCGCCUGCAGUGCAGAGUGGAGGAUCGGCCCGAGUGCGUUGCUGGUCUGCAAGACCACUCCGGACCAGCCGGGGCCGCCAACCAACGUCGCCGUCAGGGAUGUCACUUCGCACAGCUUCUGUGCUCUAUGGCAACCUCCAGAAGAUGACGGUGGCUCAGAUGUUCUGACGUACAUCCUGGAGCUCUUGGAGGAAGAGACUCAAGAGGCUCAGUGGGAGGAGGUGUACAAAGGCCCUGCCCUGGAGUGCGUGUGUGAUGGCCUGAGGCCGACCACCUGCUACUCGUUGAGGGUCCACUGCCUCAGCGCUGGAGGCCAAAGCCAGCACUCUCAAAGCCUGUCUGUCCGAAGCCUGGGCCUUCCCCCGGCCGCCUGCCAACCCCCGAGAGUCAUGGGAAAUGUCAAACACAAGGAGGUCCACUUAGAAUGGGGUGAAUCGACCUGUGUGCGAGGGCGGCCAGGCGAAGCGGUCGACUUCACCGUGGAGAUGUGUGCCGUAGAGACCCAGCGCCAAGCCCAGCCAGUGGAGGUGUACCACGGAGUGGCCACGCAGUGCACCGUGGGCAGCCUGCUCCCUGGUGCCACCUACACGUUCCGCGUGCACGCUGCCAACGACGGCGGGGUGGGGCCCUACUCCGAGGCCCUCACGGUCACCACGGCAGCAGGACCCCCGGGUCAGUGCGGUGAGCCCCACGUGACCAUGACAUCUCACACCAGUGCAGCAGUGAGCUGGGAGAGCUGUGAGCGCUCCGGCGCCGAUGUCUCGGAGUACUGGCUGGCCUGGGGCCGGGACCUGGACUCUCUGGAGGUGGUCUACCGCGGCGCGGACACGUCCUGCGAGAUCUCCGACCUGGAGGCAUCCACGGAGUACUGCUGCAGGUUACAGGCGGCCAACCAGGAUGGGGCGGGCCCCCAUAGCGAGCUGGUCACCUGCCGGACCCCCGCAGCCGCCCCCAGUGCCGUCCCCUCCCUUUUCCUCCAGGAGCCCCGGCCCGCGGACGCCGACCUGCACCCCCCCUCCACCUGCCUGCCCCUGGCCUGGGAGGAGCCCUCCUGCAACGGGGCGGAGAUCACCUCCUACUCCGUCGUCAUGGGAGACCAGACAUUUACCGUUGGCAAUGUGACCUGCUACGUAGUGACGGGCCUUCAGCCGAACAACGAGUACAGCGUCCAGGUCCAGGCUGAGAACGAGAUCGGCGCAGGUCCACUUUGUGAGCCCCUGCUGGUGCGGACCCGACCGCUGCCCCCGGCACCACCCCGUCUGGAGUGCGCCGCCGUGGGGCCCCAGAGUCUGAAGCUGCGCUGGGGGGACAGCAGCCGGGCCCCACCGAGCAGCGAGGACAUCACAUACACCCUGCAGAUGGAGGACAAGAACCAGAGGUUCGUGGCCAUCUACCGCGGGCCGAGCCACACCUUCCGAGUGCAGCGGCUGAGUGAGUCGAGCCGCUACAGCUUCCGGAUCCAGGCGGUGAGCGAGGCGGGGGAGGGGCCCUUCUCCGAAACCCUCAUCCUGAGCACGUCCAAAUCUGUGCCUCCAACACUCAAAGCCCCAAAAGUGUCCCAGCUGGAAGGCAAUGCCUGUGAGGUCACAUGGGAGGCAGUGCCGCCCAUGCGAGGGGACCGCAUCACCUACACACUUCAGGUCCUGGGCGGCCGAGACUCCGAGUUCAAGCAGGUGUUCAAGGGAGAGGAGACGUGCUUCCAGCUCUUCAGCCUGCAGUGGAACACGGACUACCGCCUCCGCGUGUGCGCCAGCCGCCACUGCCCAGACACCGCGCAGGAGCUGAGCGGCGCCUUCAGCCCGUCAGCCCACUUCACGGCACGCCGCCUCGAGCCCACGCUAGCCUCCGAGGCCAGCGCCGUCGCCACCCCGCCGGCCGUCAAGGCCUUCGGGGUGACCUCCACAGAUGGACAGUUUGCCACCCUCAUCGUGGUGGGCCUGUCCUCUCUCUCCUUCCUUCUGGCCUUCCUCCUGCAGCUCUUUCUCAUGGAGUAGGGCUGCCCAACCAUUGGGUGAUGUAAAGGGAAAAAACAAACAAACAUGAAAUGAUGGGAUGAAAAGAAAGAGAGGAGGGAAACUUGAGGGAUGUUUCUUUAUAUAUGAGGGCACACUG